UGCGGAGCCCCCCAGUCUGCAGCGCUUCCCCGCGCGCCCUGAAGAAGCCGCCGGUACGUAAAAUGAGAGAAGCCUCUUUCCUCGCGCUCCUGGCGUUGCUAUGGCAAUGCGCCCGCGCUCAGCAGAGAGUGCCUCAUUCCAGCCGAAAUCCAGAACGUUUUUUGCUCGCUUGCUCUUUGCACUAAUAAUGCUCCCUCCAUUCUCGUCUGGCCUGCGUGGCGCCAGCGCAGGUCUGUUCCCAGCCGUGCUGAACCUGGCCUCGAUGGCCAAGGUUAGUGCCAACGCCACGUGUGGAGAGAUGAAGGAGGAGAUGUCGUGUAAACUGGUGGAGCACGUCCCUGGCCAACCCGUCCGCAACCCUCAGUGUAGAGUGUGUAACCUGCAGAGCAACAAUCCACAUGAGCGUCACCCCAUCGAGUACGCCAUCGACGGGACAAACAGAUGGUGGCAAAGUCCGAGCAUCAUGAACGGGAUGGACUACCACUACAUCACUGUCACGCUGGACCUGCAGCAGGUGUUCCAGAUAGCGUACGUGAUCCUGAAGGCCGCCAACUCCCCACGGCCAGGAAACUGGAUUCUGGAACGUUCCUUGGAUGGGCAGAACUACAUGCCGUGGCAGUAUUAUGCCAUCACGGACACGGAAUGCACCAUGCGCUUCCGCAUCGCCCCGAGAACCGGCCCUCCUGCCUACACGCAUGACAACGAGGUCAUCUGCACGUCCUUCUACUCAAAGGUCCACCCUCUGGAGAACGGCGAGAUCCACACGUCUCUGAUCAACGGCCGUCCCAGUGCCGACGACCCCUCACCAACCCUGUUCAACUUUACCACCGCCCGGUACAUCCGCCUCAGGUUCCAGCGGAUACGCACCCUGAACGCUGACCUCAUGACCCUCGCUCUCAACGACCCCAAGGAUAUGGACCCCAUUGUCACCAGACGGUAUUACUACUCCAUUAAGGAUAUAUCAGUAGGGGGGAUGUGUAUCUGUUAUGGACAUGCUAAAGCCUGUCCUCUCAACAUAAUCACCAAGAAACUCCACUGUGAUUGUAAGGACAAUACCUGUGGAGAGAGCUGUGACCGCUGUUGCCCUGGUUACAACCAGAAGCCCUGGAUGGCUGGGACCUUCCUGACACGCCACAUCUGUGAGAAGUGUAACUGUCAUGGCAAGUCCGAGGAGUGCUACUACAACCAGACAGUGGCUGAUGGGAAACUGAGUCUGAACAUCAAUGGCGUGUACGAAGGGGGCGGAGUCUGUGUCGCCUGCUCUGACAACACGGCCGGAAUAAACUGCCAGUCGUGCGCUGCUGGUUAUUACCGACCGAGAGAGGUGAGACCGGAGCACCCUCGUCCCUGCACACACUGUGACUGUGACCUCAGAGGGUCUGUCUCCUCUGUCUGCGUACCGGACGAGAGUCAUGGCAGGGCAGGUCUGUCUGCAGGUUGGUGUCACUGUAAGCAGGGCUACACUGGGCAAAGAUGUGACACCUGUGCAUUUGGCUACGCUGGGUUCCCUGAGUGUCGUCCCUGUGAAUGCAGCACUGCUGGCAGCACUAACCUGGACCCUUGCCAGCUGCCAUGUGUGUGUAAGGAGAAUGUAGCAGGGGAGAACUGUGACCAGUGUAAAGCGGGAUUCUAUAAUCUCCAUGGAGACAGUUUCCAGGGGUGUGAGGAGUGUUACUGUUCCGGGGUGGCCAGUCACUGUGUGGCCUCACAGUGGGACCGCAGCAAUAUAACUGAUAUGUCUGGCUGGCAUCUGACGUCCGUGGAUGGGGAGGGGCUAGUGCCAGCAGCUCCCAGAGGAGACACGCCCCUUCACAUAGCUGUGAGCCACACCGAAGCCAAGGCUCACUUGACCACGCCCUUCUACUGGAGCGCUCCGCCCUCCUACCUGGGGAACAAGCUUCAGGCAUAUGGAGGCCGUUUGACAUAUGCUGUCUAUUGCAACUCAGAGGACAAAGAUGGACCAAUCAGAUUUUCUGCCGGUUCUGAUGUCAUCAUUGAGGGCGGUGGUCUUCGUUUGACGGACCGGCGGCGGGAGGCGGAGCUCCACCCCAUCCCUGGGGGCGUGAGGACCCUCGCUCUAAGGCCUGAGAACCUCCAGCACGCGGGUUCGGGAGAGCCUGCUAGUAAGAGAGACUUGUUCAGGGCUCUGGGCAUGCUCAGGGGCCUUCUCCUCAGAGCAACUCGCUGCCGGGAGCACAGCGCCAUCUACAGGUUACACUCGGUCAGUAUGGAGGUAGCAUCUGAAGACUCUCGGACAGGCGUUCAUGCCCAAUCAGUGGAGGUGUGUCACUGUCCGCCGGGCUACAGUGGAGCGUCCUGUGAGCACAUGUUAGUCAUGUUGGACUUCAUCACCAUCAUCAUCAUCAUCAUCAUCAUCAUCAUAAUCAGUGGCGGCGGCAGCAGCAGCUCAGGAGCCAUAACAGGACAGAGAGAGAGAGAGAGAGAGAAAGAGAGAGGGAGAGAGAGAGAGUUAAAGAUGUGUGUAGAAGGUUAUCGGAGGGUUAACAGCACUGUGCACCGGGGAGUGUGUGAGUCUUGCCAGUGCCACGGACACUCAUCACACUGUGAUGACUUCACCGGAUACUGCCUGGACUGUAAACACCAUACCAGAGGCACUAACUGCGAGAUGUGUGCACCUGGUUACUAUGGCGACGCCACCAAAGGAACCACCAGCGACUGCACGCCAUGUUCCUGCCCACUACAAAGCCCAGCAAACAACUUCAGUCCCACAUGCCACCAGGACGAGGACGGUCAGCUGACCUGUGACCAGUGCCAGGCAGCCUACGCGGGGCUGCGCUGUGAGAGGUGUGCCAAUGGUUAUUUUGGCUAUCCCAGUGCAGUGGGCGGUUCCUGCCAGCCUUGUGAGUGUAAUGAUAAUUUGGACCUAUCGGCACCCCGUAGCUGUGACCCGGAAACAGGGGCGUGUUUACGUUGCCAGGAAGGGUAUGGCGGAGCCACCUGCGAAACCUGCACAGAUGGUUACUAUGGAGACGCCAUUGUGUCCAAGAGUUGCCAGUCCUGUGACUGUAACAGGAACGGUUCUGUAACAGAGGUGUGCAACAAAGACAAUGGACAGUGUGAGUGUCGUCAACAUGUGGUGGGCCGGAAGUGUGACGAGUGUUUGCCGAACUGCUGGUGGGAUGUGGACAUGCAAACAUGCCGGCCGUGUGAGUGCAGCCCUCGGGGCUCUAUGUCGGAGCGCUGUGACGUGGAGGGCAGGUGUGUGUGCAGGCCGGGCUUUGUGGGCCGCAGGUGCGACCUGCCGCGCUCCAGCCUCGGCCGCAGGGAGACGCAACGGCCCAUCCAACGCGUGCCCCUCCACCAGGUCCAGAGAUGGGGCAGCAGAGGGGGCUGCCCCCGCGGAGCCUACCCCGUCCCCACGGGGCCAGAGACCCACAUGCAGGCAGGGCGCGGCUGUGUGCCCUGCCACUGUAACUCGUUUGGCUCCAAGUCCUUCGACUGCAACGAGAGCGGUCAGUGUCUCUGCCAGCCGGGUGUUGCGGGGCUGAAGUGCGAUCGCUGUGCUCAUGGACACUUUAACUUCCAGGAGGGAGGAUGCACGCCCUGUCAGUGUUCUCAUGUAGAGGAUAACUGUGACUCCACCACAGGCCAGUGCAUCUGCCCCCCCAACACUGUGGGGGACAGGUGUGACAAGUGUGCCCCCCACCACUGGGGGCAUGACAUCAGCAUUGGAUGCAAGACGUGUGACUGUUAUAAGCUGGGCUCUGUAAAACAGCAGUGUAACGUGAGCACAGGCUACUGUGAGUGUCAGGAGCGCUUCACUGGUGAAAAGUGCACCGAGUGUAAGCUUGGCUACCGCGACUUCCCACAAUGCAUUGCCUGUGACUGUGUGCUUGCUGGCUCCACCCCCGACACGUGUGACGCAGAGGUCGGCACCUGCGCCUGCGCAAGCCGCACUGGGCAGUGCUCCUGCAAGGCUAACAUCCAGGGAGUGAGGUGUGGCUCCUGUACAUCUGGUUCCUUUGGUCUGAUAGCAAGUAACCCGUUGGGCUGCAGCCGCUGUUACUGUUUCAGCGUCAGUACAGUGUGUACUGAGGCCCAGGGCCUCAUCCGCAUGAGGCUGACUCUUACUCCAGAGCAGACGGUGCUGCCCCUAGUAGACAGAGCCAACGUGAUGGCGACAACCGUGGGCGUGACCUUCCAGCACCCGGAGAUCCUGGCCAACGCCGAGCACGUCCAGCAGGAGCUGGCUGAGCCGUACUACUGGCGUCUGCCCCGGCAGUUCCAGGGCUCCAUGAUCACGGCAUACGGGGGAAAGCUUAAAUAUGCCAUCUACUAUGAGGCCCGCGACGAGUUAGGCCACACCUCCUACGAGCCACAAGUUAUCAUUAGGGGUGGGCCCAACAGGGACAAGGUCAUGGUCCGCCACAUGCCAGUGCCGCAGAUUGGCCAGCUGACACGUCAUGAGAUUGACAUGACAGAGCAUGAGUGGAGACACCUUGACAACAGCGCGAUGAGCAGGGAGAACUUCAUGGACGUCCUCUUCCGUGUUGACUACGUGCUCAUCCGUGCGUCCCAUGGUAACAUGAUGAGACACAGCAGGAUUUCAGAGAUCUCUCUGGAGGUGGCGGAGGAGGGUGGGCCGUCAGCGGAGAGCGAGAGAGCCUAUCAGAUCGAGAAGUGCGUGUGUCCCACCGGCUACUCGGGACUGUCCUGUGAGGAGUGUGUGGCCGGGUUCUACAGGCUGUGGGUUAGAGCGGGCAGUGAUGUGUCGGGCAUUGGCAGCUGUGUGCAGUGCCAGUGCCAUGGACACAGCAACACCUGCGACCCCGAGACUGGCGUCUGCCAGAACUGUCAGCACCACACUGAAGGCGAAAAGUGUGAGAAAUGUUUGGCGGGAUUUUACGGAGUGAUACGUGGUUACCCUGACGACUGUAAACGCUGCGCAUGUCCUCUGACCAGCCUUGAGAACAAUUUCAGCCCCACCUGUGAGGCAGACGGCUUUAGUGAUUACCGCUGCACCGCCUGUCCUGAAGGAUAUGAGGGAAAGCACUGUGAGAGGUGUGCAUCAGGUUUCCAUGGUAACCCCCAGGUGGUGGGUGGGCAUUGCGAGGAGUGUAAGUGUGAUCCAGUGGGGGCGUGGCCUGUUCCGUGCGAUGCACACACGGGCCAGUGCCAGUGUCGUGCAGGUGCCACUGGCCCACAGUGCAACCACUGCAUGGAGAAGCAUGUGUGUGGACCAACUGGCAUUGUGUCCUGUGAUGAUGACUGUGUGGGACUCCUCAUUAGAGACAUGGACCGCCUGCUGCAUCUGAUCACUAGUGCCAAUCUCACACUGCCCCUCCCCCCACCGUACAGAGUGCUCUACCGCUUUGAGAACAUGACUGAGGAACUAAAGCACAUGUUGUCACCACAGAGGGCGCCAGAGAGACUGCUGCAGCUCGCUGACAGCAACCUGGGUAGCCUGGUCACAGAGAUGGAUGAAUUACUGAACAGGGCUACAAAGGUGUCAGCUGACGCAGAUCAGACACAUGACGAUGCAGAGAGGAGCCACAACCGCGCUGAAGACCUGGAGAACUUCAUCAAGAACACACUCCUCGCAGCUGAAGCUCUGCGGGACAAGGCUCGGGAGCUGAACGCGACGCUGAGCCGGAGGGAUGGAGAGGAGAAGAGUGUGAAUGAGAUACAGGAUGAGAUAAAGGCCAUGCUCACCGAACUCCGUAAACGCCAGCUCAGCCCACACACACACACUGCAGAAGAGGAGCUCAGAGCUGCAGAGGCUCUCCGUGCGAGGGUGGAGAGACUGUUUGGAGCCUCUCACCAGGCUACAGAGCUCCUGAGGGAGGAGGUUGGGAGGAAGAUGGAGGAUUACGGGAACAAGCUGACCGAGGCACAGGACCUCCUGAAGGAGGCGCAGGGACACAGCAGACAGGCUGAGGUCCUGUCCUAUAACAACCAGCGCAACUUGGAGAGCCUGCAGGGAAAACAGGAACAAGCGAAUAAAGGCAGAAAGGAGGCAGAGGGAAUACUGGAGGACAGCGAGACCGUACUGGAGGAGGCAAACGCACUCUCAGACACCAUCAACCGGGGCAUCGAGGAGCUGGGUGAGAUGAAGCAGGACUUGGUUCCUGUCCAGGACGAGCUGGAAGACAAGGUGGGACAUCUGAGUAGAGGCCUUCAGGAUCGAACACUGCCACGGCUACUGCAGGCAGCAGAGCAACAUGCACACCAGUUAAACCAGUCAGCCAGCAUACUGGACAGUAUCCUGGAGGAGGCUAAGAACGUCUCCUUCAAUGCCACAGCAGCGUUUAAGUCCUAUAGCAACAUCAUGAACUUCAUCCAUGAGGCAGAAAAAACAGCCAAACAGGCCAAAGGCACUGCCAUGCAGGCAGUGCAGCAGGCUGUGGGUCCUAAGGGUUCUCUGAAAGACAGCGCCAGGAGUUCUCUGCAGAAGAGCCAGCAGCUCUGGAGAGAGGCGGACGAGCUGGACAGAGACGUCAGAGAGAACGCAGAGAACUUGGGAGCCCUGCAGCUCCGGCUUAAAGGAGCUGAAGAGAAGAACAGAGACCUGCUCGAGGGCCUGAACAUAACCAUGGCGAUCCUCCACGCCUUCCCUAACGACACGGCGGCUAAGAUCCAGGCCACGAAGCAGAAGGCGGGAGAGGCGAACGCCACGGCGCUGGACGUCCUGGAGUGUCUCAGAGACGUGAACCUCAACCUCAUGGGCCUGAAGAGGAACUACAGCAGACUGGAGGAUGACGUCAAGAAGGCCAACAGCCUCAUCCAAGACCCCGAGAAAAACACGAUAAUCCAUGCAGCUGGGGCUAAGGUGAGGGACCUAGAAGAUGAAGCUGAUCGUCUCCUGGAGAAACUGAAGCCCAUCCAGGAGCUACAGGAGAACCUGCGGAAAAACAUCUCCCAGAUCAAAGAACUCAUUAAUCAGGCCCGCAAGCAGGCCAACUCUAUCAAAGUAUCUGUGUCGUCUGGGGGUGACUGCAUUCGCACAUACCGGCCGGACAUCAAGAAGGGCCGUUACAACGCCAUCGUCCUCAACGUGAAGACCGUCGCUGCCAACAACCUCCUCUUCUACCUCGGCUCCGCCAAAUAUGUGGAUUUCCUGGCAAUUGAGAUGAGGAAAGGAAAAGUGAACUUCCUGUGGGAUGUGGGUUCAGGGGUCGGCCGGGUGGAAUACCCCGACCUCCUCAUUAACGACGGCAACUGGCACCGAAUUGAAGCCUCACGUGUGGGUCUGAACGGCAGUGUCUCUGUUCGAGCUCUGGAGGGACCCCGAGCGGGCAUCAUGCCCACCUGGCAGAGUGCCAACUCUCCCGAGCACUACACCGUGCUGGAUGUGGAUCAGAACGCCUACCUGUUCGUGGGAGGCAUGCUGGGAAAUGUGAAGAAAGCAGAAGCUGUGAAAACAGUUACAUUCUCUGGAUGUAUGGGAGAGACGUAUUUGGACGGUAAACCCAUCGGCCUGUGGAACUACAGAAAGAGAGACGGAGACUGCAAAGGAUGUGUAGUCAGUCCUCAGCCAUCAGACUCUGAGGGUACGGUCCAGUUUGAUGGUGAGGGUUACGCUGCAGUCAGUCGCCCCACACGAUGGAACCCCAACGUUUCCACGGUGACGUUCGCUUUCCGAACCUUCUCCAGUGAUGCCCUGAUGAUGUACCUCGCUACCAAGGACAGGAAGGACUUUAUGAGUGUGGAGCUGGUUGAUGGUCAUGUGAAGGUCAGUUAUGACCUGGGUUCAGGUACAGGCUCCGCCCUCAGCGACAGACGCCACAACACUGGACACUGGAAGAGUGUCAUCGUGUCCCGCUCACGAAAACAAGGGACAGUGACCAUUCUGGGGAUGGGGACAGACAUGGAGGAGAAGCUGUCUGUGGAGUCUCCGGGCGGAGCUAGCGGCCUCAAUCUGAAGGAGGACGACAAGAUCUUCUUUGCGGGCCCGCCCACCCUCGACAGCUACAGGCCUGGGGUGACUGUGAAGCGGUACGCUGGCUGUAUUAAAGAUAUAGAAGUUUCCAGAACUCCCUACAACCUUCUGAGCAGCAUGGACUUCACUGGACUGACCAAGGGUUGCUCCAUAGAGAAUCUGCACACUGUGAGUUUCUCCAGGCCGGGCUAUGUGGAGUUGAGUCCUGUGCAGUUUGAUGUGGGCUCUGAGAUCACCCUGUCCUUCAGCACCAGGACAGACAGCGGGACCAUCCUGUUCGGCCGAGGGGGGGUCACCACCCUGACCGGGAGCCGCCCGAACCGGAACACGGCCCAGAACGCUCGUCGCAGACGCAGGCAGACGGGCAAACCUUACCUCUCUGUGCAGCUGAAUAAGGGCUCCCUGGAGGUGUUGGUGUUUACUGGGAGCAGGAACCCCCGGCGAGCGCUCAGGAAGCCAGACGAGGGCGUCCUUCACGACGGCCGCGAGCAUUCCCUACGCGUCCGGAGACACAGUGGAGGGUCUUUCUCAGUGCAGGUGGAUGAGGAGCCCCAGUUGGAGCAGGCGUUUCCUAGCGACCAGCCCAUGAGCAUCCACAGGUUGUUUGUGGGUGGAGUUCCAGUGGAGAUGGAGGCCAGUCUGCACCGACCGAAUGUGACGUUCCAAGGCUGCAUCUGGAACCUCCUUAUCAAUACUGUCCCAGUGGACUUUUCUCAUCCAGUGGCUUUUGAGAAUGCUGAAAUUGGGCAGUGUCCUGACUUUGCCCUGCCCCCUCCCCCACCUGACAAGGAAGAGGAGGAAGAUGAGGAUGAGGAUGAGGAAAAGGGACAACCCAAACUGGAACACGUAGCCCCACCCAUGGAGACUGUUAGGAUACUACCUUCACCUUCCACGGCCCCGCCCCCUGCUGAGGUCAGCCCCCUUUCUGAGGUGCCCGAUGUCAAUCAAAAAGCGGUCCAGUGUGCGGCAGAGGCGGAGCCUGUGGUCUUGGAAUUAGCAAAGCAGUUUGGCCUGUCACGGAACAGCCACUUGGCGUUCGAGUUCGACGACAAGAAAGUGAAAAACAGCCUGCUGGUUGAGUUCGAGCUGAAGACCCAGGCAGACUCAGGCUUGGUGUUCUACAUGGCGCGGGUGAACCACGCCGACUUUGCCACGGUUCAGGUGAGAGAGGGCAUGGCCCACCUCAGCUUCGACCUGGGCAGCGGAAACACGUCCGUCAGCGUCCCGCGCAUCAUCAACGAUGCCCACUGGCACAAGAUACGAGUAUGGCGGGAUAAGCAGCAAGGUAUCCUGACUGUGGACAGCCGGUACUCCAAACACACUCUCAGUCCUAAGAAAGCCGAUAUCCUGGAUGUAGUUGGGAUGCUGUAUGUUGGAGGACUUCCACUGAACUACACCACCAAACGCAUUGGACCGGUGGUGUACAGCAUCGAUGGCUGUAUCAGAAACUUCUGGAUGCAGAAUAGGUCAGUAGACAUGGAGAACCCGGUCUCAAGCUACCGGGUGGGGUCGUGUUUCGCCAACCCUCAGCCUGGCUCCUACUUCGAUGGCACUGGAUACGCUAAAGCAGUGGCCACAUACAGAGUAGGUAACGACAUGUCAGUAGAUCUGGAGUUCCGCACAAGCAGUAGCAGCGGAGUUCUACUGGCCAUCAGCAGUCAGAAGAUGGAUGGCGUGGGCAUCGAACUGAACAACGGCAGGCUCCUGUUCCAUGCUGAUAACGGAGUGGGCCGCGUCUCAGCUGCCCACCAACCUGAUGAGGAGGCGGGGCUUUGUGACGGACAGUGGCAUUCUGUCACCGCCCACAAGCUGAAGCACCGCCUGGAACUGAUCGUCGAUGGCAAGAAGUCAGAGGCAGCGAGCCCAGAUGCCCGCUCUGCCUCCGCCGACACCAAUGACCCUGUCUAUGUGGGAGGAUACCCCGAGGGCUUAAAGCAGUUUGGCCUGACCAUCAGCACCUCGUUUAAAGGCUGUAUGAGGAACGUGAAACUCACUAAAGCAGGAAAGGUCCUGGAGGUUCAGCUGAACAAAGCACUGGACCUCAAAGGAGUCCAGCCUCUCACCUGUCCCACUGUAUAGUUACACACACACACAUCACACACAUCAGUGCACAUACACAGACACACACACACACACACACACUCACACACACAUUGACAUAUACACAUACAUAGACGCACACACGUAUAUAAAGUCUCACAUAUCUUGUUAAUUCAAUAUCAUAUGUGAUGUUCUGGUGACAUGACUAUGAAUCGAAAAAAAGAAUCAAAUGAAGACCCUUACCAAAGAUUCAUUUUGAAUGUCCUCGCUGAUAUCCAUCACCACAGCAACAAAAGUGGCCCUCCUCUUCUGUUGGCUCAGUGGGCUAACCAGCAACAGGAAGAAGUGGUGUGUGUAAGCGGACUGUUGGAGAGACUCUGUCACCUUUAGGUCCGACUCCAGUCACGGAUGGUACCAUAUACCGCCAUCGCUGUUUCAAACAUACGUCCAUUCCUGGGUUGCAAUUAGAUUAAUUAAAUCAUUACACACAUUUAAUGCACCCCUAAAAUAAAAUGUUUAUUUAACCUUGA